AGAGGAGAGGCGAGCAGAGCGGAGUGUUCACUCCAUUUCUUGGGGAUUUUCGAGUCUCUCACUGCGGAUUGUCUCCUCUUCUUUAGAAGUGAAAGUCGACUUUAACUCCGUUAAUCAUUCGGGCAGAUUGCCUGUAACAAAGUCCCACUCUCUGGAUGGAGAAAGGCUGCUGCAAAAUGAGGGCUCUGUGUUUGAACUUUGCCAUCACCUGUCUGUGGCUUCUUCCUUCAUCAGUCCAAGAGAUAUCCAAGAAACUGGAAUUCCAAAGCCAAGAGUGGGGUGAGGCGGAAGGAGGAAGAGAAGGUGCUGGUGGAGCAGCACUGAAAGUUAAACAUAUCUCCAAAGAUUUACAGAUCAUCUCCACCAAACAUAAAACACCUGCUUAUGGCUCACUUGGCCCAUACGGUUGGCCUCAGAACUUCUCACAAGCCCUGGAUCAGUAUCUGUAUCGUCCUCCUCCCAAAUCCAAACCUCCAGCUAAAACUUCCCCAAAGGCCAAAAAGAUCCUGGGCUGGGGGGAUUUUUACUUUAAUGUGAAAACAGUGAAAUUUAGCCUCUUGGUGACAGGGAAGAUUGUGGAUCACAUCAAUGGAACAUUCAGCGUCUACUUCCGCCACAAUUCAUCCCGUCUGGGGAACAUAUCUGUCAGCAUCGUUCCACCUUCCAAAGCUGUGGGAUGGGAGGUUCUUGAUCCUGCAUCUCAGAGUGUUCACACUAAAAACUCAGUACUGCUCCCAGAUCUGAUGUCCCAGUUGCCAAGCCCUCCUCAGUCCACCAGCUCCACUCCUCCCGAACAGCAGAAGCAGCAGCAGGACAUGAUGAUGGUGACUGAACUCAACUGCCGGAUUGAGUACCAGAGAACCAACCGGUCCAAGAAGACCAAGCCCUGCAUGUACGACCCAGGCCAGACAUGCUACUCAGAAAACACCCAGUCCCAGGCAGCCUGGAUCUGUGCCAAACCAUUUAAGGUUAUAUGCAUCUUCAUCGCCUUCACUGGCACAGAUUACAGACUGGUGCAGAAAGUUUGCCCUGAGCAGAACCAGCAGCACUUUGGGUGACA